CCACACAAACCCUUCUUCCCUCGGAGUUGUUUCUUGAUUCUCCGAACACGUUCUGAUAUGGCCUCUCACUUGCCACUUGUGUCACUCACCCACCACCACCACCAAGCUCCUCCUCCUCCUCCAACCAUCACCGCCACCACCCAAUGCUGCUGCUACCACAACCCUCCUAAUACCUGUUGCACAACCCCACCACCCCAACACCACCUUCUGCACCCCGUUGCAUCACUCCUCUCUCAGCCCCAACCUCACCCUAUUCUUCCCUCCCAACAAAACUACACCAAAUCUCACAUUCACCACAACCUUAACCUCCCCACCCAAAACCACCACCUUCAACACCAACACCAAACCCAUUCAGCCAUCUCGUCUCUCCUUCACCGCAUCGAAUCCCUCGAGUCCUCUCUCAACCACUACACCCGCCACUCCCUUCGCCACACCGCGGCCACCGUCAUCCAAACCCAUUUUCGCUCCUUCCUUGUUCGCAGAUCAAGAACCCUAACCCAGCUCAAACACCUCGCGCAGUCCUCAAUAUUCCACAUUAAACGCUUCUCAACUCCUCUUAUGUCCAGCCGUGUUGUCAUCUUAGUGAUGAGGCUGAAGGAUGAUUGGUUUGGGUGUGGGAGUUGUAAUGUGAGCGGUGCAGUUGAAGAUGAUGGUGUAAAUUCUUAUCAGGGUGCUGAUGAGGAGGAGGAAGUGUUGGUGUUGGAGAGUGGAGAAGAAAUGCGGAGAAAAGAGCAGCUUCAUGCGCACCAAGAAAAGCUCCUGUUUUCUGCUCCUUUGCCACUUAAGAUGGAAAACAGAAAUGGUGUGAAGAAGAGUAAAGGUGUGAAAAUUUUGACAUGAAGGGCCAUUACAUGAUCGUGUAAGACUGAGUAUUCGCUCUGUUUGUAUUGUUUGAUUGUAAUGUAGGAGUUUCUUUUUCAUUGGAUUUCAGAUUGGAGGAGCUCAUUUGUGUGUCUAACUGAUCGCUGCUUCUGUAAUGAACUUGAAAUGUUCAACUUCAUUUGUUGUUUAAUGUAAGAAUGAUUAGCAGAGUUGGAUU